AUGAGCCACUUCAAGGAAACUGACACCGCAGUGCGGGCCACCAGCAUCGACCCCGGUCGCGGAUAUGGCACCAAUACUUCUGGGUCAUCGCAAGCACCAUUGGAGCACGGCGACCCGGAGAUCGUGGAGGCCAGUCCCGAGCGCCACGUUGAUGGGAGUGAAGCUCAGCCCAAGAAAACAUGGCGCUCCAAGUUCGCGUACUUCAAGACCAAAGACUUCUGGUUCAUUUUGGCCCUGGGACAGAUACUGGCUAUCUGCAUAACAGGCACCAACACCUUGACCACACUCUUGGUCAUCGAGGGAACCAGUAUUCCCGCCUUUCAGACCCUAUUCAAUUACGUAUUGCUUAAUCUUAUAUACACGAGCUACACUAUCUAUCAGUACGGCUUCAAAAAAUGGACUCGACUGCUGCUCAAGGACGGCUGGAAGUAUAUCAUCUUGGCAUUUUUCGACGUCGAGGGCAACUAUUUCACCGUCCUGGCCUAUCGCUAUACGACCAUCCUAUCCGCACAGCUGAUCAACUUCUGGGCGAUUGUGGUGGUCGUGGCGCUCUCGUUCUUCCUGCUCCGCGUCCGCUACCACUGGGCACAGAUUCUCGGAAUUUUCGUCUGCAUUGGUGGGAUGGGCAUCCUCCUCGGAUCGGACCACCUCACGGGCUCCAACGGCGGCGACAUUAGCAGCGGCAACCAGUUGAAGGGAGACCUCUUCGCGCUACUCGGCGCCACGUGCUACGGCCUGUGCAACGUCUACGAGGAAUGGUUCGUCUCCGGCCGACCAUUGUACGAGGUGAUUGGACAACUCGGAUUCUGGGCAACCAUCAUCAACGGCGUGCAGGCGGGCAUUUUCGACCGCCAGGCGUUCCGGUCUGCGACCUGGAAUGGCAAGGUCGGUGGCUACCUGACCGGGUACACGUUGAUCCUGACGCUCUUCUACACGUUGGUCCCGAUCCUGUACCGCUUCGCCAGCGCCGCGUUCCAGAACAUCUCGCUCCUGACCGGCAACUUCUGGGGCGUCAUCAUCGGCAUCCGCGUCUUCCACUACCGCGUCCACUGGAUGUAUCCCAUCGCAUUCACCCUCAUCAUGGUCGGCCACUUCGUCUACUACCUUGGGAAAGGUGUUUUGGGCGAGGCGGCCAAGGCCUGGCUUGGUGAAAACCAGGAGAAGGGCAUCGAUGGCUUUGGUUCGGCCAAGAGGCGCAUGCGGAAGAUGCAGCAGAGCGAGGCUGGUCCCAGAGGCGGCGAGGGCGUCGAGGGUGCUGGUGUUGUGUGA